AGGUUUCCAUGGCCAGAGACAGACAAUGUCCAACAGCAGCUCCAUCACCCACUUCCUCCUCCUGCCAUUCACAGGCACAAGGCAGCUGCAGCUCCUGCACUUCUGGCUCUUCCUGGCCAUCUACCUGGCUGCCCUGUUGGGCAACGGCCUCAUCAUCACCACCAUAGCCUGGGACCACCACCUCCACACCCCCAUGUACUUCUUCCUCAUGAACCUCGCCCUCCUAGACCUGGGUGCCAUCUCCACCACUGUCCCCACAUCCAUGGCUAAUGCGCUCUGGGACAUGAGGGACAUCUCCUAUGCAGGAUGUGCUGCUCAGGUCUUUCUGUUUGUCUUCUUCCUUGGAGCAGAGUGUGCCCUGCUCACAAUCAUGUCCUACGAUCGCUACGUUGCCAUCUGCAGACCCCUGCACUAUGAGACCUUCCUGGGCAGCAGAGUUUGUGUCCACCUGGCAGCAGCUGCCUGGGCCUCUGGGGCUCUCAAUGCUCUGCUGCACACAGCCAAUACAUUUUCCCUGCCCUUCUGCCAGGGCAAUGCUCUGGACCAGUUCUUCUGUGAAAUCCCCCAGAUCCUCAAGCUCUCCUGCUCCACAUCCUACCUCAGGGAAGCGUGGCUUCUUGUGCUCAGUGUCUGUUUAGUCUUUGUCUGUUUUGUGUUCAUGGUGGUGUCCUAUGUGCAGAUCUUCAGGGCAGUGCUGAGGAUCCCCUCUCAGCAGGGACGCCACAAAGCCUUUGCCACGUGCCUGCCUCACCUGGCUGUGGUCUCCCUGUUUCUCAGCACUUCCUUCUUUGCCUAUUUGAAGCCCUCUUCCAUCUCCUCCCCACCCCUGGAUCUUGUGGUGGCAGUUCUGUACUCAGUGGUGCCUCCAGCAGUGAACCCUUUCAUCUACAGCCUGAGGAACCAGGAGCUCAAGGCUGCUCUGAGCAAGCUGAUCACUGGAUAG